AUGGAUAUUGAUUUUGUUAAUAGAGGAGAUGUCAUUUAUGAAGAGGAUCUUAUUGAGUUAUUAUCAAAAUUACAAUUUAUUGGAGAGGAAUUACUACAAGUGGUUACAGCUGUAGAUCGUAAGAAUUUGUUAGACGCGAUAGUAUUUCCAGCGACUGGUUUUCAUGAUAUUCCUAAUCAAUGUAUUGAUAAACUUGGUACAAUUGCAAUUUCCCAUUUAGAAAGCAAAAUUAUUUUGAUUCUAGUGUAUUUAAUGGACGCGCAAUUACAUUCAGAAGCGGUAAAUUUCCCAAAAACUGGAAAACUAGUAAUACUUUUAUCUGAACUUUGCGCUAAUACAUUUCCAGAUUUUACGGAAAAGGAUGAUAAACCUACUUAUUGA